CGUGUCUCUCGCUCUCCGCUCGUCCAGCGUUCUCUCUCUCUCUCUCUCCCUUUUUUUUUUCUCCUUCUCCCCCUCCGAGGCCGUACCACAGUGGUAAACAUUUGAAAAAGAGUUAUUCCCCCUACCGUUGCAAAGACGGAGCCUCGACUUGAAAGCCAGAGCUGAGCCCAAAAACCUCGAGUCCUGGGCUUUGAACUGCUUACCGCAUCAACUUCUGAUUGUGUGUGCAUGUCCUUAGUAGCCACUGGCUAGCUAAGCUUUUUGAGUCACGCCAUUAAGACCAUUCGGACUACAUUCGCUUAUUCGUCAGUGAUUUUUGAGACCAAACAACUUUUUAUUUUUUUAUUUUCCUAUCUGGUGUGUGUUCACUGCGGAGUCGUGUUUUUUUCCUCUUGAACGGUUUAUCUCUCAGUCACACGCUAAGAGGAUGCUACACCGAAACGGUGGAAAUUAUGGGAUGGGAUCGUAACAUUCUUACAAGAUGAACAUUUUAUUCAGAGGCUAGAAUAAGUGUCGAAAGCGUCUUCGACAACUAGCGGAUCGACAUUGUUUUCUACUGGUUGACACACCGCUGAAAAAUUGAAAAGUAUUUUGGAGGGAACUGGUUCAGCAAGCUAAUUCUCGGGAACUGCCAGGAACAGUGCCAGGGAGGACAUUCCUGAGAGGCAGGGGUCAUCUACGUUUUUUUUUUGGGCAUACACCCGGACGAGAAAAUAUCAUCCCGGACAGUCCGUAUAGAUGAACUCGGCAUUGAAUGCGUCUCUGUGCCUAGACGAGCUCGUAGUUGGCGGACACCACAUCGGAGGCGGACACCACAUCGGGGGCGGACACCACCUUCAUCACCACCACGGAGGCAUGACCAUGCACCAUCACCACCUGCACCAUCAUCUUAGUGACUCCAACCCUUUGCCGUCCGGUUCGGAGUCGGCAUUAUCGUCGCCUCCCCACGGCGGGUCCGGACAUCACACCACAACAGUGCACCGGACUCUCACGCCCAGUGACGCCGCCUCGGACAGGUCCGAUUCCAACGACGCCUCCAAAAACAAGUCGGACGAUGGAGGCGAUGACGACAAAAAGAAGAAAAGGCAGAGGCGUCAGAGGACUCACUUUACCAGCCAACAGCUCCAGGAGCUAGAGGCCACCUUUGCCAGGAAUCGUUACCCGGAUAUGGCCACCCGUGAGGAAAUCUCCGCCUGGACUAACUUAACAGAAGCUAGAGUUAGGGUUUGGUUUAAAAAUAGACGAGCGAAGUGGCGCAAGCGGGAAAGAAACAUGGAAACAUUUAAGACCGGAUUUGGCCCACAGUUCAACGGUUUGAUGCAGCCUCCUUUCGAUGACGGCCUGUACACCGGGUACCCUUACCAGAACUGGGCCGCCAAGGUGCCGUCUCCGCUCAGCUCCAAAACCUUCCCGUGGGGCUUAAACAUGAAUAUGAACAGCUCUGUGAACCCCCACCUCUCUUCUGUGGUCUCCACGCAGUCCCUCGGAGGUUUCUCUUCCUCCCCGGGGCCCAUCAGCAGCAUCAACUCGUCCAUGAUGGGCUCGGGCAGCGUCCCCGGGAGCAUGAACUCUCCGGGGGCCCCGUGCCCUUACGGGCCACCAGCCCCGCCUUACAUCUACAACAGAGACCAGUGCACGAACAGCAUCGCGGCGCUGAGGUUGAAGGCCAAGGCUCACUCUUCCCCGUUCUACCCCUCGAUGCCGUCUCGACAGCCCACGCUGUCCGCCUGCCAGUACGCCACAGUGGGCAACAGCGCGGCGGUAUGACAUGCCCCUCAGCCCUAUCCUUCCCCGGCACACACCACCUACCCCGUGUCGUCCUCGGCACUCACAGCCCACGAAGAGUCCAGCAGCAGCAUCUCCAAGCUCUCAGACCCGCUGAGCUUAAGCCGAGAGCUGAGCUUUCUGUAAACUCAAAAGUGCACACCAAACGCUGUAACAUGUGAACAUCCACAAUGCAGUAGCUGAAGUGUCAGAUCAUGCCCAAACACUGCCACGUAACCACACCUUGAAACAUAAAUUCGGCUUCUUUAUUCAAAACAACACAAAGAAAUAUAAAACUUGGCUAAUGCUUGAAUGAAUACAAGUUAACAAUACAACGUUCUUUUCUGGGUUUUUUCAAAGUCUAACUUUUAAGUUUUUUCUGUAUAAUUCAAAGGCAUUUAAACAUGAGGCGGGGAUUACAGUAGCAUUUGAUUACAGUCACAUUUUUAAAAAAUCUAGUUCAGACAUUUUAGUCUAAGUUGAAGUGUCGAUAUGACUACUUAGGGCUCUAAUAUCAGUCUGUUGAACAUCACUACAAUCCUACAUGACAAAGUGAAAUAAAUCCGAAAUGAAAUAUAGGUCUUCUUGAACUCAAUAAACUGCAUGACUUAAAGGAAAUAUAUUUUUUUUAAGUAUAAAUAGUGAGCUCCACAUAUUUUAUAUGUAAUGUUAAGUCAUGAUACAACGUUCGCUAGUGUAUUCUUUAGGCCAGGAAGUUGAAAUUAAAAAUAUCGCGACCAUAACUGCCAAAAGCUUGAAAGUUUUCAGCGCUCCAUUAAAGGAAACGCGCGCACACAAAGAAGAAAUGAAGAAAUGUUAGUUGCUGGAAUCUGCUGUGAAGUCAGUUGUCAAUUUAACAAACGGAUGGAUGAAGCAAAAAACAUCAUAGAAAAAAAAUGAGUAAAUGUUGAAAUCAAUAAUGAAUUGUUAGCAUCUGAAAUAAACAAAAUACUAAGGAGAGGUCAGUAUCGACAGAUAGUUUUAUGACCAAACAACUUAGCCAUUUCUUUAAAAUCGUCAUUUAGUUUAGAUAAUAUCUACAAUAUACAUGCGUUAUGAUCAAAAGUAGACCUUGCUAUCGAAAUUUUGAGAUAUUCGUAUUGAGAUUUGUCAAUAGUUUCAUCUACCAAUACCUCGGGAGUAUCUUUAAAAAUAAAUUUUUUCUGUAAGAACUUAUAUUAGUAAACUUUAUUUUUUUUUAUUAUUGAACUCUAAAUCAAGCGAAUGAAUAAGUAAAGUAGCAGUGAAAAAAAAUUUGGAAACAAAACAAUAGUCUGCAAGUCUAAAGCAACUUGAGAAAGGUUAGGACCACUUUGAAUAUAAUAUUCACUAAUAUUCAAACACAACAAAACCAAACCACUCCCGGGCAUUUGAUCUGAACACUUUCACACUGCACUGUCGUGGCUUCAACUGGAGUUUAAACUCUUAAACUCUUGUGAGCUUACGACCAAUUUUUUCGACCUGAAGGAUAGGGUAAUGAGGUAUAUAAAGACUUCUAAAACAAUUAAACAAACUGAACAAUGUUUGUACAAACAAACUAAUAAUGAACCUUAACAAACUUUGAAACUGUGUUUAUCCACGCUCUGUGUACAUAUCAUUGUGAAUGUUUCAUGCUUUGAAAGUCAAUAUUUCUCGGAUACAAAUGUCGCUUACAAGACGCAUUGAUUGUCUUUGGGAUCUGAAGCCGUUUUGGAGAUGUGUUGAGACGGCCACUUGUAUCUCGACACCUGUGCUUGAGAAGAGCCGUGUGGACUCUAUCGCAGCUGUCCUUUAUUGGCAAAAAAAACACAUUUCUGAGAUCCAAUCAUAUCAAUAUUGCUGUUCACUAUAUGUUAUUGUAUGUUUCUUAUCCUCAAUCGUACUGUAUUCCCUCAGUGAGAGUUCCUAAUGUCUAUUAAUUAUAACAACUAUUUUGACCUUCUUUUAACAUGAAGUUCUGGAAAUUUGAUUUAAUAGAUAUUUAACCCGAUUCAAUUACUAUUGUAUUUUUGAUAUUGAUAUAACAAAUUGUUUAGAAACCUUUUAAGAACCCUUUUUUAUGAUAAAAAUAAGAUAAGAUUAUUAAUCAAUUCUUAUACAGAGUCCUAAUAUAUAGAAUGUGAUCUGAAGCCUCUUUGAAUAUUUGUUUUGCCACCUCUUAUAAAUAUGUUUACAUUUGAACCUGAUGGGACGAUCUCGUUUUGUUUCAUGUAAUUAACAAUGUCAAAAUUUUUAGUCUUUGAGUUUGAAUUGCUGCUUGUCUGUGUAGUGUGAUAGACGGUCUGGACUGUCGUCUCGGUAGUCCCGGGUUCAAACCCUGUCCGCUGGCAUUACUCGCCGUCCUGCGAGGGGUUUAGUCUAGAAAGAAAUAUGAUGUUGUUAACUUCAAUUCUGAAGGAAUAUCCGAAACAUACAAAACCUUGAAAUCUCUGAAUUGUUUUUGAAAUGGCAUUCACCCUUUUUAGGAGCAGUGGUUGAAUGGUAAAGCGCUUGACUUCUAAAUCGAGGGUCCCGUGUUCGAAUCCUGGAAUUUUCAAUUUCGGAAUCUUUGGGGCGCCUCUGAGUCCACCCAGCUCUAAUGGGUACCUGACAUUAGUUGGGGAAAAGUAAAGUCGGUUGGUCGUUGUGCUGGCCACAUGACACCCUCGUUAACCGUGGGCCGCAGAUACAGAUUACCUUUAUAUCAACUGCUCCAUAGAUCGCAUUGGGUGGGGGGGGGACAUUUAUCCUUUUUAUUUAAACCCUUUUAGAAUUUUUUGAAAAGUGUUUUUUUUUUUAAUUAAUUGAACUUCGCCUUCAACACACUGAUAUUGAACAUAAUAUAAAAUACUUUCAGAAUGAUGAAAUCGUGGAGUGAAAAUAUUUUUUUUGUCUCUAGACAGUGUUUUUACAACAUACAACUUAUUAUGCAUGUUUUGUACAUUAGAAACCAACAAAUUCCCAGUCAAAUUUUGUAAACCAUUUUUAAAUCUAGCUUUAUAAAAAAAAAGGGUGAGGUAAUUCGAGAAGCAUAUUUGAGGGUAGAGAGAUAUAUAAUACAGGUAACAUAUCAAUAUCUAAAGGAAAUCAAAACUAAAUUUUGUUUAACUUUAAAGUUCAUAGUUCAAGAAUGAGAAAGUUCAUGUAUGGAGUAUUAGUCACAACUAUAUUGAAACCUAUACACUAACGAACAAAACAAAAA